AGCACACACGUUAGCUCACAUACACUUCUCUCCAACAUGAACACGUCUCUCCCAGCAGUAAAUUGAAAACAUCCCUCCGAAGAGUGCGAGACAUAGAGCUCACACAGGCGCGUGCAGCUGAAUAAAUUUAUUUAUUUGUGUUGUAACAAAACGGACAGGAGCAUCAUGGAGAGCUGCAGCUUCCAGAACCAGCUGCUGUCCGUCAUGGAGGUCCUGGCCAAGGCAGCUGUGGCGGAGAUAAACCGGCGUGUGGAUGACAGCUGCGCGGUGCUCCGGAUGGAGGUGAGCCAGAGCCGACGGGACAUCGACCUGCUGAAGAGCAAGUGUGAGGUCCUGGAAGCAGAACUGAGGAGGAGCAGGAUGAGAGCCAGGAGUAAAGUGUGCAUUAACACUCCAGCAAACGAGCCAUUUUCUACUUUAGUCAAAAGAAUUAUUUAUAAAGACAGCCAGAGGACAGACUGGGGCAGACCGAAUGGACAUCAGUCUCUAAACCAACCCCACGAGGGUGCAGACAUGGAGCCUGCUAAUGAAGCUGAACACAUACACAUCAAAGAGGAGUGUUCAGAGGAGGAUAUGUGGAGGGAUGCCCCAGAGGACAAGGACAUGUCUGGAGCUGAGGAGCCAGCAUGUUUCAGUGCCACACAAACCGCCCAGACUGACGGCUUUCUGGAGAGCUACAGCUCAGCUGAAAACCCAGCCAUCCCUGAAUCUCUGGUUUCCCCAGCAGACGGCCACGUUUUCCCAGAGCAGCUACACAGAAACCAAAAUGAGGCCAAACUUGUAGUGAAAAACGAGAAGGAGGAAGAGCCUGACGAGAAAGCAUCACCACUUGUUUCAGUCCACACACUUGUGACGGAGGAAGCUGAGGCGCAGCUGUGGUCGACCAAUCUGUGCAGAGAUGCCGGUGAUCUAAAUGUUUCAUAUGCUGAGACACAAGUUGAGCAGAUUCCAGCAGUGUAUAGCUCUCAAACCAGCUUGCGAUUGGAGGACAUGGCGCCUAGAAUGCACACAGCGGGAAAAUGUAAUUCUGCACUGCUGAGCGCAGCUAGGGUGAAAAGACGAGCCAGAACCUUUGCAUUUAAAAGACAGCAAACAGAUGAAGAGCACAAUCCUCCUUCCCAGAUUAACCCCAUAGAUUCAAGCUUUGCUCCUCAACAACCGCAGCAUCAGUACAGUGACGCUGUCCCUCAUUUAAGGAACCCAGAUGAAGAUCUGACACAGUCAAACUCAAGUGUCUAUCUCAGCAGCAGUUUUGUCCUGGCGAGGAGGAUGAGGACACCCUGGAGAUCCGGUCUCGGUGAGAAGAGAUUCAGCUGCGUGUACUGCAACAAAAGCUUCAUGAGGUUCAGUCAGCUCAAAGAGCACCUGAGGAGUCACACAGGCGAGAAGCCGUUCAGCUGCAUGCAGUGCGGCCGCAGCUUCACCAAACAGUGUAAUCUCAUCAGACACGCAGUGGUCCAUAGCGGGGAGAAGCCCUACGAGUGCUCACUGUGUGGGAAGUGCUUCACCCAACGAUCCAGCCUCAAGUCCCAUCAGAAAACAUUACACUAAGAUGUUGAAGCUCCUAGGUAGCACUAGGUUUACCUUUGUUAUAGUCUUCAGCUGCAGCUAUUUUUGUAAAAUCCUGUAAGCAUUUAGUUUCCAUAGGCCUAUUUAUUAUUGUUGUAUCAGUGUGAUUAGAUGGGCUAAUAUGGAGCUAAGAGAAUAUAUUGUGAUGUAGGGGGUUUCGUCAUUCUUUAUAUCCUUAAAAAUUCAGAGAACCUGGAGAAAUCUCUGUACGCACCAGACAACGCUGAAAAAGAAUACUGUAUGGUCAGGAUCAUUACAUGGCAGGCCCUUUAUACCCCCCC